GUUACAAAAACUGAAUUGGAAAAAUUAAAAUCUAGUUAUAGACAAUUAAUUAAGGAAGUAAACUCUGCCAAAGAAAAAUACAAGGAAGCAUUAUCUAAAGGAAAGGAAACUGAAAAAGCCAAAGAUCGUUAUGAUAAAGCCACAAUGAAACUCCACAUGUUGCACAAUCAAUACGUGUUGGCACUGAAAGGAGCACAGUUACAUCAGCACCAGUAUUAUGAUGCUACACUGCCUUUGUUCCUUGACUCUUUACAGAAGAUGCAAGAAGAAAUGAUUAAAGGACUGAAAGGAAUCUUAGAAGAAUACAGUCAGAUCACCAGUCUUGUGACAGAAGAACUAGUGAAUGUUCAUAAAGAGAUCCAGAUGUCUGUUGAACAAUUAGACCCUGGUUCAGAGUACAGUAGUUUCAUAGAAGCUCACAGGACAUCAGAUAUUGAAAAACAAGAAAUAGAGUUUGAUACAUCUUUAUUGGAAGAAAAUGAAAAUCUUCAAGCUAAUGAGAUUAUGUGGAAUAAUUUGACAGCUGAAAGUUUACAAACCAUGUAA